AUGUCGAAAUACGCCAAUUCCUCCUCAUGGACUUCAUUCUUGAAGUCGAUUGGCUCGUUCAAUGGUGAUCUGUCGACUUUGACGGCACCUCCAUUCAUUUUGUCGCCAACUUCGCUGUCCGAAUACUCGCAGUACUGGGGGGAACAUCCAGACCUUUUCUUGGGUCCAAAUUUCAUUACUGAGUGCGACCAAGAUGGUACAAGUGUUGAACAUCUCAGAAUGCUGGCUGUGGUGAAAUGGUUCAUUUCAACGCUCAAGUCACAAUACUGUUCGCGCAAUGAAGCAAUGGGCACUGAAAAAAAGCCUCUCAACCCAUUUUUGGGUGAAGUUUUCGUGGGCAAGUGGGAAAACAAGGAGCACCCAGAUUUCGGUGAAACAGUGUUGCUGAGUGAACAAGUCUCCCACCAUCCUCCUGUGACUGCAUACAGCAUUUUCAAUGAUCAGAACAAGACAUCUUUGCAGGGCUAUAACCAGGUCAAGGCCUCAAUCUCCACAGCUUCUUUGAGCGUUAAGCAAUUUGGCCAUGCACUUUUGGAGUAUGAGAACUUAAACGAGCAAUACCUCGUCACACUACCUCCAUUACACAUUGAGGGGAUGCUCGUGGCUAAUCCAUAUGUCGAGUUAGAGGGCAAAUCAUAUAUCCAGAGUUCGUCUGGGCUUUUGUGUGUGGUUGAGUUUUCGGGCAAGGGCUACUUUUCGGGCAAGAAAAACACCUUCAAAGCACGCAUUUUCCAAAACUCUUCCGAUGCUACCGACAAGGAGAAAGCUUUGUACACGAUCACAGGUCAGUGGUCGGGCCAAUCGACCAUAAGCAAGGGAAAGUCCAAGAAGGGCGAGGAAUUGUUCUACGAUGCUUCCAAACUGAAGGUUGAGCACCUUAAAGUCAAGCCAGUUGAGGAACAGCAUGAAUUUGAGAGUAGAAGAGCUUGGACGAGCGUUGCAGAGGCCAUCAAAUCAGGCGAUUUUAAUCAAAUCCACGAGGAAAAAUCUUCGUUGGAAAAUGCUCAGCGUGAGCUGCGGAAGAAGGAACUGGCCAACGAUGUUAAAUGGCAAAGACGCUGGUUCACAGACGAAGACUACUCCACAGGUGUCGACGAUGCGUUCGUCAAGCUGGCUGCGAAUCUAAAUCUGUCUACCAAGAAUGUGCCUAGCGGGGCAUUUGCGGGCGAUAAGGACGACAAAAAAGCAACGUCUGCGCUGCACUGGCGGUUCAAGCGGGAACUUUGGGACGCUGAGAAGGAAAUCAAGGUGUAG